GCCGAAUAUUUUAAAGAGCUGACAAAAUGUUUAGUAUUUUAAGAUAUCAAAAUAAACCACAUUGUCGAUCUCAAUUGCUAUUUGAUGCAAGUUCCUGGCGGAACUUCAAUGUGUGCGUUAUGGAUGAUCCUGACCCUUUGAAAAGUCUCAACUGGAAUGCACGUAGACAUUCAGUUGCUAAUCGUCGUCACGUUGAGCUCGUUGGGUUCUCAGAUACAUUGUCAAAAAUGUACCAUGCCGUGCUUCAUUGCGUUAUGGAACUGUACCGAGAUGACAGAGACUGUCAAAUUUCUUGGCAGCAUUUCAGGAACGCCGCUGAUAAAUUGGCGGAAAUGCACAAAUAUGUGAAGCUAUCUAUACUGAAAGUGUAUGAACUUGGGAUUGUUGAAGGAGCAGCUUCUUUCUCCUCCGAUUUCUUCGACAAAAUCAGGGAUAUGCCAUUGCAAAAUGGAAAUAGGAAUAUCCCAUUCGACUGCGUUCAGCAUUACCUCUCCAGGCCAGAUGACCCACCUCCAAAGUCUUUACGACGUAUCAAACGUGUAGCUGUUCGUCGACGCUCACGGCAUUUACGUAAUGUAGGAGAAAUAAUUGAACACCAUCUGCAUCCAACCAGUGUUACUUCUAAACAGACUGAAUCUGGUUCAUCUUCCUAUGCACAUCAACCUUCAACAUUGGAGUGGGAUGCAGGAAAACAUUCUAAUUGGACCGUUAUACAAAAAACCUCGUCGUGUAUGUCCCUUGAUACAGAAAUCGAUUGUCCUAGUGAGGACAGUGGAACGUCUCUGAGUAGUUGCACUUGCGAUGAUUAUUUAACCGAUACUUCAAAUUCAACUAAUGAAGAGGAUGAUUAGGACCACCUUAUAACUGUGGUAUUUCAACGAUUUUUCAUCAUUUGAUGUUUUACUUGGUCUCUACUAAGUUUUCCUUUUCCCCUGUAUUUAAUAAUCCUCAUGGCUGAGACAUAGUCUUGUGAAUUGUCUACGCAGAUGAAAUAUGUCUAGCUGUUAUUGUCAGUUUGUUUGCUUCUACCUAAAUCUCCUUCAUUAGGUCUUUAGCAAUAGCUUUUUAAAUCUUUAUUUUAGCUUUGGUUAUGUGUUUGUUGUCCUUGGUGUGAUUUCAUACAAGUUUCUAUUUAAAUUUAGUUUUCAAAUAUCCAUGAAGUAUUUUGGUUUACUUAAUUAAGACUAACCUUUGUCACAUGUCAUUCUAUCUUAAAGGUUAUUUUUUAAACAAACUACUACCAUUAGUACAUGUGAACACAAAACCCACCAAAUCUGAUCCAAUAUUUUGUCAUACUAUUUAUAGCCACUUGUGUCAAUUGAUCCUUUCCUUCCAGUUUUUAUUUUCAACUAAUCAAUAAUUCUCUGAUGUAUAUCUUAUAUAUGUGUACAUUGUGAUAUUCUCUCCAAGAUUCACUUUCUUUGUUCGCACAUAUAUGUAAAAUGUCUUAUAAAUGAGAAAAUCUUGUCAGUCAUUGAUAUUUAACAAUAAAUGCAUUCUGACAUAAUACCAUUAUAAAUGUUUACUUUGUG